AUGGCCAUGCCGCUCUUCCUCGGCCUAGCUGUGCUUACUCUGCUGCUCGCGACGGCAGCGGCGGCGCUGCCGCCGCCGGGGUGCCCGAGGACAUGCGGCGGCGUCGCCGUCGAGUACCCGUUCGGCAUCGGGCCAAACUGCUCGCUGUCCGACGGCUUCAGCCUCGACUGCGUCCGCGACACCCCGCAGCUCCGCCUCGGCCCCGUGAAGCAGCAGCAGACGGUGAGGGUGCUCGGCGUCGACCUGCUCCACGGCAAGAUCCGGACGACGAACGCCAUCGCGUCGCAGUGCCUGGACGCGCGCACGGGCAAGCUGGUCAACACCUCGUGGGAGGGGCUCAACGCGGCGGCGCUGCCGUACCGCUUCUCCGACGAGGACAACCGGUUCUUCGCCGUCGGCUGCAGCGGGGUCGUCCUCCUGCAAGGCACGGCGGCCGGAGCCGACGACCGGGUGGUGAUCGGCUGCAUCUCGACAUGCUUCGGCAACGCGAGCAUCAGGACCGGCUCCUGCUCCAACAUCGGGUGCUGCGAGACGGCCAUCCCCAAGGGGCUCAACUCCUACCUGCUCGCCAUGGAAAGGAUGCCCGGCGGCUCGCCGGUGAACCGCUGCUUCUACGCCACGCUGAUGGAGGCGGCCAGCUUCAGCUUCGAGGCGGCGGACGCGGCGGCGGACGGGUUCUACCGGAAGAGCAGCAACGGCACGGUUCCCGUGGUGCUCAGCUUCGUGGUGGGCAGCGAGACGUGCAAGGAGGCUCAGACGAGCGACACCUACGCGUGCCUCAGCGAUCACAGCGUCUGCGUCGACGGUGCCCCAGGCUACGUGUGCAACUGCUCGCAGGGGUACACCGGUAACCCCUACCUCCCCAACGGAUGCGUAGGCGUUAGCGGUGGCGUCGUCAUCGCCGUGAUAGCCAUCUUGAUCACAUACCUGAUGCGCCAGCGGCGAGCGCUCGCCGACGUCAAGCGCAAGUACUUCGAGCGGCACGGCGGCCUGCUUCUCUACGACGAGCUGAGCACAAGGCCGGGCAACACCUUCACCAUCUACAUGGAGGAGCAGCUCGAGCAAGCGACCAACGGCUUCGACGACGGCAACAUCCUCGGCCGCGGCGGCCACGCCACCGUCUACAUGGGCAUCGUGCCCGCCGGCGGCGACGGCCUCGUCGUCGCCAUCAAGCGGUGCAAGGUGAUGGACGAGACGAACAAGAAGGAGUUCGGCAAGGAGAUGCUGAUCCUCUCCCAGGUCAACCACAAGAACAUCGUCAAGCUACUCGGCUGCUGCCUCGAGGUCGACGUCCCCAUGCUGGUCUACGAGUUCGUCCCCAAUGGCACCUUGUACCACCUCAUCCAUGGCGGCGGCGGCGGCGGCGGCGACGGCGGAGUCAUCUCGUUCGCCACUCGCCUCCGGAUCGCGCACGAGUCGGCGGAGUCGCUCGCGUACCUGCACUCGUUCGCGUCGCCGCCGAUCCUCCACGGCGACGUCAAAUCCUCCAACAUCCUCCUCGACGAGAGCUUCAUGGCGAAGGUGUCCGACUUCGGCGCCUCCAUCCUGGCGCCCACCGACGAGGCCCAGAUGGUGACCAUGGUGCAGGGGACGUGCGGCUACCUCGACCCGGAGUACAUGCGGACAUGCCAGCUCACGGAGAAGAGCGACGUGUACAGCUUCGGCGUCGUGCUGCUCGAGCUCCUCACCGGCAAGAAGCCGCUCUGCCUCGACGGGCCGGAGGAGGAGCGGAGCUUGUCGGCGAGGUUCGUGGCGGCCAUGGGGGAGAGGAAGGUGGGCGAGAUGCUGGACGAGCAGGUGAAGCGCGAGGCGAGCGGCGAGUCGCUGGAGGAGAUCACGCGGCUGGCUCUCGAGUGCCUGCAGAUGUGCGGCGCCGACAGGCCGGCGAUGAAGGAGGUCGCCGAGAGGCUGGGUGGACUGCGGAAGCUGCAUCAGCAUCCAUGGACGCAGGACGCCGUCGAGCUCGAGGAGGCGAGGUGCUUGCUCCACGGCUCGCCGGAGUAUCAGCUUUCAGCUAGGUACACCACUGGUAGUAGAUAG